CGCAAGAGGUGCAAAAGAAUAUUAAGGGGCAUGGUAUUAAUAGAUGGUAGAGAGGUUGGGUCUCUUGGACCACUUUUCCGUGACAUAGAAAGUGGGUCUCUUAGACCCUUUAUUGGUACCGAAAAGUGAUGCCUGAGGUGACAGCACACGCCUGUUUAUUCCCUUUCAGGAAGGUCGAUGCCUGCCACCGUAUCCCUGCACCUCACAACCAAAACAAGAUGAACCAGGUCCUGGACGAAGAACUUGACGGUAACGUUAUGUGGGAGGAAAAAGUGCUCCCCCGAAAUGUUGAGUCCGUCAUGGACGCCAUCUUCGCUCAAUCAGAUUUCACGCCAGAGAGUAUCGGUACCAUUAUGUAUCAACCAAUUAAGUCUAGCUCAGGGAGGAAAAGUACCGGAGUGCCUGUGUUCAUACCUGCUGCCAGGGGCGCGGGCGGCACGUGGCAAUUGGAUAGGAAGAACAUCCAACCAAGGAGUUUGGUGAGGACUUCGGCUAGCAGGAAGAAGAUGCCGCAUAAGAAGACGAAGCUGCGUUCGCAGACAAGCACGGCGGUGUCCGCGCUGACCGACACAGAAGUGGAGGGGUUGGAUUCUUCCCUGACAGCACCUGACACCAACAAGAGCUUCAACGCUCAAGAAUACAAUGACAAGAAUCCGAACAACAAGCGAGUCAAGACAUCGGCAACAGCAGAAGGCAGAUGGACCCUGCUUUUCAAUACCAUACAAGCAGCCAUGCAUUCGUUGUACGCGAAGUUGAUAUGGGCCAGCCCACCAUGGGCCCACAUUAUAUGGGUAUGUCUAUGCCUCUGUGUGGGCCCCACUGGUAUCGUGUACCCAGUGACUAUGGGUGGGCCCAUGGGUCACAUUCUUCGAGACAUUGGAGUGGGCCCACAGGGAUUUGGAUAG